UACGUAAGUUGUUUAUCAAGUGCGUUAGGUAGUGUGACUUGUUUCCAGCAGUCUCAGAAGUGUUAAGGUUGCCAUUUAUCAGAGGUGUAGAAAUAUACUACUGACUUAACUAUAUUAAUAUUACAGAAGAAUUCUAAAGAGCAUUAGUUUGCCAGAUUAGGGCUUCGCAUUCAGGAAUGGGUCGGGAUCGUUUGAACUCACUUCUAACAAACCGUGAAUACGCGGCAUCCCUGGAGAGUCUUUUCCAAGAGCAUGAAUACAACGUGUUGCUCAACCAGAAGCAAAUCAUUCAGGAUGUCAGCCAAUUUUCAAAAGUAUCCUGUUGGAUCAGUGAUUUGCAGAAAAAUAUUCAGAACAUCGAAGAAGAGCUUGCAGGUCAAAGAUCAAUCAAUGUUCGUCAACAGCUGGAUGACACCGCAAAUCUGUGCGCCAAGAUUUUCAACGCAGUCAAGGGACUUCAGACAGAUUUGCAGAACCUAAGUAAGCGGAAAGAUGAGAGAGGCGAAAAUCAAAGAGAAAACGAUGAUCUGGUUAGCCUGGUGCGCAGUACUCAGUUUAAAAGUGUGAGAACUGCCUAUUUCGAGGCGUUCUGGAGGUUUCGCUCGGUGGUGCAUAAUUACGAGGAAACGGAUAGAAAGCGGAGAUCUGUAGAAUCAUCGCAACAAUCCUUGACCUUAUCGUCGCAGUGCGACACCACGCAACCGACAAAUACUCUGGGAUACGACUUUGUAGAUACCAGUCAGUGGUUGUCUCGACGCCACUCCCUAGAUGAACGGGUUUAUUUUCCAAAAUCCUCCACAUUCAUUAUCAACAAGAAAAUUGCCGCCCCUAAAAUCCAACACCAUGCCGAAGAGGAACGCAAUGAGGAGCUGAAGGCGCUGGAGCGAACGCUCGUCGAUAUGCGGGAUCUGUUUGUGCUGAUCUCGACCCUGGUGAUGGAGCACGGCAGCAUGUUGAAUGUGGCGGAAACCAAUUGGGAAAAUGCGGCCCAGCGUGUGGUCACCGCAGAAACUGAUAUAAAAGAGGCACAUCGCCACUACCAGGAGGCAAACAACGGCCGGAAAUGCUGCUGCUUGGAUGUGACUUUCGGCCUAUUGGUACUGCGCAAUUUUUUCAUCAAAACAUGUGUGCGUACGUCCAUAAAUUACGUCACGCUUCAAGAGGGAACGGAGGGGUUCACAGAAGUGUGA